AUACUAAUAGCUUUGAUUUUUUAUUUCUACUUUCAGAUUUAAUCCUUAACUCGACGCCAUGAAGUUUGCCGAACAUUUGACGGCUCACAUAACGCCGGAAUGGCGUAAACAAUAUAUUAACUAUGAGGAAAUGAAAGCCAUGUUAUACAUGGCCGUUGAAGAGGCGCCAUCCGUCGAUAGCGUUGAAGAUGAAGUACUUAAACGACACUUUGCCAAUUUCGAUGAGAAUUUCUUCCACUAUUGUGAUAAAGAGCUAAAGAAAAUCAACACUUUCUAUUCGGAAAAAUUGGCCGAGGCCACACGUAAAUUUGCCACACUCAAAGCUGAAUUGAAAACCUGUAUCGAAGAGUCUGAACGUUCGGCCAAGAAGUCCAAAUCAUUAAAAAAGACUGCCGGUUUACCGCAUCGUAAAGCCCAAGAGCUGAAGCUAGCCUUUAGUGAAUAUUAUUUGAGUUUAAUUUUGUUACAAAAUUAUCAAAAUUUAAAUCACACCGGGUUUCGUAAAAUCCUAAAGAAACAUGAUAAACUAUUGCGUGUGGAUAGUGGUGCCAAGUGGCGUCAGGAUCAUGUUGAAGCAUCACAUUUCUUUACGAACAAAGAUAUUGAUAAUAUUAUCAAUGAAACGGAAUCGAUGGUUACCAAUGAAUUGGAGGGUGGUGAUCGUCAAAAGGCAAUGAAACGUUUACGUGUACCACCACUCGGCGAACAACAGAGUCCAUGGACCACGUUUAAAGUGGGUCUGUUUUCGGGUUCGUUUAUUGUCUUGGGCAUUGUGGUGGUGUUGUCGG